UAAGCUCAAUCAUUUAAAAAUCGUGUCAAACAUUGAACCGAAGCGAUCUCUGUAUCAUAGUUCAACUGUUUUAAUUUAAAUCGUUUAAACCGAGACAAAGAUGUAAUCGAAACACUAAAACAAUUGAACGGUAGACAAUGUUAGUUCACAGUUCAACCUAUCGAACCGUCCGAUUUAGUUUUUAUAACAUUGAUUGAGGUUAUAUAUAACUUGGUCAACGAUUCAGGCUAAGGAGAAUCUCAACAAAUUUGUUCAAACCUAAGCCUAAAAAGAGGAAAGAAAAAGAACCAUUUAAGCGUGUGAAAACUAAAGUUAGGCAACUAUUCUAUGCUAUAUUCUGUGGCUCAUUCUAUCCUUAUUUCCUUUGAAUUUGUUCUGUUCAAAGUUUUCCACUUCUUGAUGGUUUUUAAACCUUAAAGAAAGGUUUAUUAUCAUUAUAGGUUCUUCUAGGAGGUGGUUUUUUCAAGAUAUCAAAAAGGCUCAAUUCAAUUCAACUUGUUUCAAUCUAGAAAAAGGAAGAAUAAGAAAGUUGAAGAAAUUUUGUAAGCAAUAAGAUGUGGCAAAGAAGCCACAAGUGUUCUUUAGAGGAGAGGAAGUUGGAGCUUAGACUUGGUCCACCUGGUGAAGAAGAGUUUGUUAAUGAAAAAAGCAUGAAGAAUGUCAAAAAAGAAAGAGAUGAAGAAUCAUCACUCACUCUUGGUUAUGCUAAAGAUUCAUCAUUUCUUAAGCUCUCAUCAAUGCAAGUGAUGGAUCCAUCACAAUCACAACCUUGUUGCACAAACUUGCAAGAUGGUGAGAAAAAUACAUUCUCACCUUCUUCUGCAAGAAAUUCAGCUUUACCAAACAGGUCUCAGAAAAGAAAUGCUGCUAGUCCGGUAGUAGGUUGGCCUCCAAUUCGUUCAUUCAGAAAGAACAUUGCAAGUGGAAGCUCUUCUAAGCCGCCAACUGAGUCCCGACCAAUGGUUCAAGACAAGGUUAUUGUUGAUAGUAACAAACCUAUUAGCAACUCUGGUAAAGGCUUGUUUGUGAAGAUCAAUAUGGAUGGAGUUCCUAUUGGGAGAAAAAUAGACAUCAAUGCUUAUGAUAGCUAUGAAAAACUUUCAUCUGCUGUUGAUGACCUAUUUAGAGGUCUCCUUGAAGAGAUAAAUUUAUCUCAUGGAAUUAACAAGAAGCAAGAGGAAGAAGAUACAGGCAUGAAAGGAUCAUUGACUGGAAGUGGAGAAUAUACUCUUGUUUAUGAAGAUAAUGAAGGAGACAAGAUGCUAGUAGGGGACGUGCCGUGGCACAUGUUUGUAUCAACAGUGAAGAGGCUGCGUGUGUCCAAGAGUUCUGAUCUUCCUGCUUUUAACAUUGGUAGCAAGAAAGACUAGAUUGAUACAUUAGACCACUUGACUCGGCAAUGCAAAGGAAGGAUGAGGCUGUUUGAGGUGUUCUUCCACACUAAAAGAGUAUUUUUAUUUGACAUUUUGGUUCCUUUUUGGGCUAAAGUAGAUUAGAGAAUACUAAUUUCAACUUCCUAAUAAUGUGUAUGAAUGCAACCUUUUUGUUAAUGUUCUAUUAACUAAGCAUGUUCUUGAGCUAAAGAUUUGGAUUGGAUGCUGAGGUCAUUCUAAACUUAGACUAUAUAUUCUACUAAUGUAGAGGGUAAUUUGUCUAGAGUAAUGAUAUUUGAUGCAUCAUUAGGGAAUACUAAUUUAAAUUUUCAAA